AUGGCGCCUACAGCGGAGGAGUGGACAAGAUCUGAGAAUAUCUGCCGUUUUUUGAGACCUUUCGCUGUGAUUACAAGUUUGAUGUCUGGUUCCAAUUACCCGACUUCGAACUUGUAUUUCUAUCAGGUUUGGUUGAUCAAUGAUUGGCUUCGAAUUAAUGAAGAAAGCGAAGAUGAGGUUGUCAGAGAGAUGGUGCCACCGAUGAAAGAGAAGUUUGAUAAAUAUUGGGAAGAAGUCAGUUGUGUUUUCGCGAUGGCAGUCGUCUUUGAUCCACGUUUUAACCUUUCUAUUGUGGAUUGUUGUUUAGGGAAGCUUGACAUGAGUACACGUGAUGCAAAGUUGAGAAACUUGCGUGAUAAGCUCAGUACUCUGUUUGAGUCUUACGACAAAAAAUCCAAGACUAACUCACCUUCUACAGAGCCACGUGAGACGGUUCCACAAAAUGUUUGUGCUGAAGGGUCAAUGGGUAUGUUUGAGAACUACAAUAAUGUUCAACUAGGUUUUAAAUGCCUGAUGGCUAAAGACUAUAACGUCUAA